AUGGUGCAAGAACCGAAAACGAUGGCCAAUUCGCUUAAUUUACGGAGAAUGAUAUGUGAAACCAAUGUGUUGUCGCGUUCCGACUGUUCAGCAGCAUUCUCACAAGGUGCCACACAGGUAAUGGUGGCUGCAAACGGUCCCGCGGAAAUAAAGAUAAGAAAUGCUGAAUCGGAAAAUUGUCAUCUCGAGGUACAGUACCGAUCGAAUGCCGGGCACGAGGACAUACAGCACCGUUUGAUGGAAAGUCUUAUCAAACGUUCGUUCGUGCGUGUUGUGUCAACACCCGCUUUCUGCCGAAGUGCCGUUUACAUCUACGUUCAGGAGAUGACCGACAAGGGUGGACUAUUGGCCUGUGCAAUUAAUGCCUCUUGUUUGGCUUUGAUAACGAGUGGAGUGGAGCUCAACUUUACGGUGGCAGCUGUGCACUGCAUAAUGACGGAGGAUGGUGUAAUGAUUCUUGAUCCAGAUCAAAAACAAAUGAAACAACCGCAUAGCUCGUUCACGUUUGUAUUCGACAGCAUCGCUAAGAAUACGGUCACCUCGUACGUGUAUGGUAGUUUCAGUUUUGAAGAAUACGAGCAGGUGGUGAGUGUAUGCAGAGCGGCAGUGGAUAAAAUAUUCAACUUUUAUCGGAAGGUUUCACAAAACAUUACAAAAGUUGUUACAGAUGAUAGUUAA